GGGUCGUACCGGGCAGAACCUCGCAGAACCCGCCAGUCGGUCGUGCCAAUCGAGGUCAAAGUGUGUGCCGUGUGCUGUGUAGUACAACCAGAAUGGUCAUAACCGUUUAAAACAGGAAACAGAUCGUAGACACACACAUCCAGUAGACAGUAGACAGUGUUGAUCCGCAAUGGCUGAUCCGAGCAAAGAAGAGAGUGCCGCUCCGGAGGUAGAGAUGGAGGUAGAGGUCAAGGAUGUGGAAGGCGAAACAAAGAAACUCAAGUAUCCCCGAGCGAUACCGUUCAUUGUCAGCAAUGAGUUCUGCGAGCGUUUCAACUACUAUGGCAUGCGAACGGUCUUGGUCCUUUAUCUGACCCGAAAGCUCGACUUCGACGAUGACACGGCCACGGUCCUGUACCACACGUUCACCACGCUGGUCUACUUUAUGUGCGUGGUCGGGGCGAUCAUCGCCGACAGUUGGCUGGGCAAGUUCCGCACCAUCUUCUACCUGUCGAUCGUGUACACGAUCGGGAGCGCCUGCAUAGCGCUCGGGGCGAUCCCGACCUGGGACCUGAAUGCGCGGGCCGCCACCAUCGCCGGGCUGCUGCUGAUCGCGUUCGGCUCCGGGGGCAUCAAACCGUGCGUGGCCGCGUUUGGGGGCGAACAGUUCAAGCUGCCAGAGCAGGCCAAGUACCUGGCGUUGUUCUUCUCGAUGUUCUACUUUGCGGUCAACUCCGGCUCGUUCGUCUCUACUAUGGUGACGCCAAUCUUGCGCGAGGACGUGAAGUGCUUCGAUGACGACGACUGCUUCCCGCUCGCGUUCGGUGUGCCCGGCGUGCUAAUGGUGGUGUCGAUCAUCAUCUUCGUGCUCGGCAAACCGCUGUACAAGAUGUCGGCCCCGGCCGGCAACAUGUUCGUCAAGGUGUCCAAGUGUAUCUGGACGGCCAUCCGGACGAGGUCGAGGGAGAAGUCCGUGAACCCGCGGGAGCAUUGGUUGGACUACUCGGAGAAACGCUGGGGCCGCCAGCUGGUGGACGAGACGCGGAUCUUGCUGAACGUGCUGACGCUUUACAUCCCGCUGCCCGUGUUUUGGGCCCUGUUCGACCAGCAGGGCUCCCGCUGGACGUUCCAGGCAACCCGAAUGGACGGCGAUCUCGGCUUCUGGACGAUCAAACCGGACCAGAUGCAGGUCAUCAACCCACUGCUGAUUCUGGUGUUCAUUCCGCUGUACGAGAUCGCUUUCUAUCCGCUGCUGAGCAUGAUCGGCAUCCGACGCCCGCUACAGAAGCUGACGCUGGGCGGGAUCUUCGCCGGCGUGGCGUUCGUCAUUUCGACGAUUGUCGAAAUCCAGUUGGAGUCCACGUACGCGGUACUGCCGAAGGCUGGCGAAGGGCAACUGCGCAUCUUUAACGGGCUCGAGUGUGAUUACCUCGUGCGAAGUGACGUUCCCGAGCACGCCGACUUCACGCUGGAGCGCAUGAGCAUGUUCGAGGAGAAGUACCUUAGCGUGAGCGGGUCGGCCCGCUACACGUACACCAUGACCUCCACCAGUGCGGGGCCGGACUGCGAGGUGCCGGUGCAGGGUACGUUCGAGGUGAACGAAGAGAAACAAAUCUCCUACUUCCUACGCAAGCAAAACGGCGGCACCGACAUGCUGCGGUACGAGGACGACACGGAGAAGUCUUCCAAGGGCUACCCCAUGUUCCGUGUGCUCGGCAGCACGGCCACCAACCGGAUAGUCGUGUUUCGUGACAUUGACACGUCCAAGCCGUUCGAUCGCCACACGAAUGGGUCCUACGUCUACGACUUGAUCGAGUCGUACCCGUCCGAUUACGACAUCUUCGUCGAUGGCGAACUGACACUGACCUUUUCGAUGCGCCUCGGAGGCGUUUACGCUUUCAUCGUCAGCGAUCUCGAUAAUGGUCGUGCGACCAUCCAAACGAUCGAGGUGACCGAAGCGAACUCGAUCAACAUGCUGUGGCUGAUACCGCAGUACGUAGUUAUGACGCUCGGCGAGGUGAUGUACUCCAUCACGGGGCUAGAGUUCUCGUUCACGCAGGCCCCGCAGAGCAUGAAGUCGGUGCUGCAGGGCUGCUGGCAGCUAACGGUGGCCGUCGGCAACCUGAUCGUGGUCAUCGUGGCCGAGGCGAAAAUCUUCGACGCCCAGAAGUGGGAGUUCGUGCUGUUCGCCGGCCUGAUGUUCGUGGACAUGGGCCUGUUCGCUAUACUGGCCUGGCGCUACAAAGCGAUCCCGCUAAAAACGUACGACGAGGAGGACGACCCGAACGCGACCCUGCCAAUCGAGCAGAAGGAAGAGCACGGUCUGGACAAUCCCGCGUUUAAGAAAGCGUCCGACGAGUAAGUGACAUACGGGAGCACGCGCUGGUAAAUCACCACAGCAGUAGCAGCAGCGGCGGAUGACGCGCGUCACCAGUAGAAUUAAAUUUUCUAUGAAAAUUUUUGCGCAAUAAAUAGCAUUCA